UAUCACAAUUUCACAAACAUGGGUGCUUGGAAUUAUGCAGGUCCACUGAUUAAUUAUGAGCAUCACAUACUAUUCAAUUAACAAAUUAACAGACAAGCUUUGUUCUCUUUACUUCAGUCAAAUUGGCUUGCAUUUCUAGCUUACUAACUAAGAUAUACAUAUACAAGGUGUAACACACACACACACGUACGUAAGUACGUUGGAAAAAAGAACAUCCAAGGUGGGCAUGGUAGUUGAAAAAUAGAGGAAGCUUAACUUCAAGGCAAUGGAGACUCAGCAGCCAACACAACGCCACCUUACCUGGAAACAUUAGGACCCUACUCUUCCAUUCAUAAAAACAACUUCCUGACAACAAUAAGGUACAAACUCCUCAUCAAUUCUCUCUCAAUCUUCUCUCCUUGGCCACGGCCUCCAUGGAAGCUAGCGCUGGACUCGUUGCAGGGUCUCACAACCGCAACGAGCUUGUUGUAAUUCAUAACCAUGAAGAGCAUAAGCCUUUGAAGAACUUGGAUGGUCAAGUUUGUGAGAUAUGUGGGGAUGAGAUUGGACUUACUGUGGACAAAGAUCUCUUCGUGGCCUGCAACGAGUGUGGUUUUCCGGUGUGUAGGCCUUGCUACGAGUAUGAAAGGAGAGAAGGCACCCAACAUUGCCCUCAGUGCAAGACUAGAUACAAACGUCUCAAAGGGAGUCCGAGGGUGGAGGGAGAUGAUGAUGAAGAGGAUGUUGAUGAUAUUGAACAUGAAUUCAACAUUGAAGAUGAACAGAACAAGCAAAAGCAUCUCGCAGAAGCAUUGCUUUAUGGAAAGAUGAGCUAUGGAAGAGGCCCCGAAGAUGACGAAAACCCCCAAUUCCCACCAGUUAUUGCUGGCAUUCGAUCCAUGCCGGUGAGUGGGGAGCUUUCAGUAGCAUCCUAUGCCCAUGGCGAUCAGAUGUUAUCUUCUUCACUUCACAAACGAGUGCAUCCAUAUCCUGGAUCUGAACCAGGAAGUGCAAGAUGGGAUGAAAAGAAAGAGGGAGGGUGGAAAGAGAGGAUGGAUGACUGGAAGAUGCAGCAAGGCAAUCUUGGACCCGAACCAGAUGAUGCAAAUGAUGCUGACAUGGCCAUAAUUGAUGAGGCAAGGCAGCCGCUCUCAAGGAAAGUACCAAUUGCAUCUAGCAAGAUUAACCCAUAUCGAAUGGUGAUUGUUGCUCGGCUUGUCAUAUUGGGGUUCUUCCUCCGCUAUAGAAUUUUGCACCCUGUGCAUGAUGCAAUUGGGCUCUGGCUAACAUCCAUCAUCUGUGAAAUCUGGUUUGCAUUUUCUUGGAUACUUGAUCAGUUCCCCAAAUGGUUUCCAAUUGACAGAGAGACCUAUCUUGAUCGCCUCUCUCUCAGGUAUGAGAGGGAAGGCGAACCGAAUAUGCUUGCUCCAGUGGAUAUAUUUGUUAGUACUGUGGAUCCUAUGAAGGAACCUCCACUGGUUACAGCUAACACUGUUCUAUCCAUCUUGGCCAUGGAUUAUCCAGUUGAUAAAGUCUCAUGCUACAUAUCUGAUGAUGGUGCGUCAAUGCUCACCUUUGAAUCCCUGUCCCAAACAGCUGAGUUUGCUCGAAAGUGGGUGCCAUUCUGCAAAAGGUUCUGCAUAGAGCCUCGAGCUCCUGAAAUGUAUUUCACUCUAAAGGUUGACUAUCUCAAGGACAAAGUCCAGCCUACAUUUGUCAAAGAGCGUAGAGCAAUGAAGAGAGAAUAUGAAGAAUUCAAGGUGCGGGUAAAUGCGCUUGUAGCAAAAGCACAGAAGGUACCUCCAGAAGGGUGGAUCAUGCAAGAUGGAACACCAUGGCCAGGAAACAACACCAAGGACCACCCUGGAAUGAUUCAAGUAUUUCUCGGACAUAGUGGAGGUCUUGAUGCAGAAGGAAAUGAGCUCCCUCGCCUAGUUUAUGUGUCUCGUGAGAAGAGGCCUGGUUUCCAGCAUCACAAGAAAGCUGGUGCCAUGAAUGCCUUGGUUCGGGUCUCUGGGGUACUCACAAAUGCUCCUUUCAUGCUGAACUUGGACUGUGAUCAUUAUGUUAAUAACAGCAAGGCUGCGCGAGAGGCCAUGUGUUUCUUGAUGGACCACCAAAUUGGAAAGAAAGUUUGCUACGUCCAAUUUCCACAAAGAUUUGAUGGAAUUGAUCGGAAUGAUCGUUAUGCCAAUAGAAACACAGUCUUCUUUGAUAUAAACAUGAAAGGCCUGGAUGGAAUUCAGGGCCCUGCGUACGUGGGCACAGGAUGCGUUUUCAGAAGACAAGCUUUGUACGGCUAUGAACCUCCAAAGGGUCCAAAGCGCCCAAAGAUGGUAACCUGUGGCUGCUGCUUUGGUCGCCGUAGAAAGCAUCAGAAGUAUUCCAAGGAUGGUGCAAAUGGAGAUGCUGCUAACCUACAAGGAAUGGACGAUGACAAAGAGCUGCUGAUGUCCCAGAUGAAUUUCGAGAAGAAAUUUGGACAAUCGGCAAUUUUUGUCACUUCAACUCUAAUGGAAGAAGGUGGUGUUCCCCCUUCAUCGAGUCCAGCAGCCCUACUUAAGGAAGCCAUUCAUGUCAUCAGUUGUGGCUACGAGGACAAAACCGAAUGGGGAUUGGAGCUGGGCUGGAUUUAUGGUUCAAUUACAGAAGAUAUCCUAACAGGCUUCAAAAUGCAUUGUCGUGGCUGGAGGUCGAUAUACUGCAUGCCAAAGAGACCUGCAUUCAAGGGUUCAGCUCCUAUCAACCUGUCUGAUCGGCUCAAUCAAGUGCUUCGAUGGGCACUUGGCUCAGUUGAGAUCUUCUUUAGUCGUCAUAGCCCCCUCUGCUAUGGCUACAAGGGAGGGAAACUCAAGUGGCUCGAACGAUUUGCAUAUGUCAACACAACUGUUUAUCCAUUUACAUCCUUGCCACUCCUUGCAUACUGUAUUCUCCCUGCCAUCUGCUUGCUUACGGACAAAUUCAUCAUGCCACAGAUAAGCACUUUUGCAAGUCUUUUCUUCAUUGCUCUAUUUCUCUCAAUUAUCAUAACCGGCAUUCUUGAGCUGAGGUGGAGCGGAGUAAGCAUUGAGGAAUGGUGGAGAAAUGAGCAAUUCUGGGUCAUCGGUGGAGUUUCAGCGCAUCUUUUUGCUGUUGUGCAAGGUCUUCUGAAGGUUUUGGCCGGAGUAAAUACCAACUUCACAGUCACAUCAAAGGCAACUGAUGAUGAGGAUGAGUUUGGAGACCUCUACGCCUUUAAAUGGACAACCUUGCUAAUCCCUCCAACUACUAUACUAAUCAUCAACCUUGUUGGAGUUGUUGCUGGAAUAUCAGAUGCCAUCAACAAUGGGUCCCAGUCAUGGGGACCUCUAUUUGGUAAGCUUUUCUUUGCCUUCUGGGUCAUUGUCCAUCUCUACCCGUUCCUCAAAGGUUUAAUGGGGCGGCAAAACCGGACACCAACUAUUGUCGUUAUAUGGUCAGUUCUCUUGGCUUCAAUCUUCUCAUUGCUUUGGGUUCGAAUUGACCCUUUUGUGAUGAAGAGCAAGGGACCUGACACCAAGCAAUGUGGAAUCAAUUGCUGAUUAAUUGGUUUCUUUUCUUUCUAAAAAUGUGCACCUCCAGAAGAUAUAUGUACAAGUUUCACAUCAUUGAUGUACAAUCCAACAUAAUGGAGAUGCACAAAAAAGAAUAAAGUUAGUUGAAGAAUUUUCGUGUACUAGAAUGAUUAUAACCAGUUUUGUAAUUAAAUCAAAGGAUGUGGUGCUUCUGAUUUUUUUUGGAUA